AUGGUGGUGGUGGUCCUGCUGGGGCUCAGCUGGUUCUGCUCUCCCCUGGGUGCCCUGGUCCUAGACUUCAACGGCAUCAGGAGCUCUGCUGUUGCUCGCAAGGGGUCACAGUGCUUAUCUGACAAAGACUGCAGUCCUGGAAAAUUCUGCCUCGAACGCCAAGAAGAGAAGCCGUCGUGUGCCGCCUGUCGUGGGUUCCGGAGGAGGUGCCAGCGAGAUGCUAUGUGCUGCCCGGGAGCGCUCUGUGUGAAUGAUGUCUGUACCAAGAUGGACGGUGCAAGCUCAGGCUUGGAGAGGGAGACUGAGGACCACGAUGGCACCCACACCCAAGGAACAACUGACCACCCAAUUCAGGAAAACAAACCCAGGAGGAAGCCCAACAUUGAGAAAUCCCAAGGAAGUAAGGGUGAAGAGGGAGAGAGCUGUCUCAGAACUUUCGACUGUGGCCCUGGGCUGUGCUGUGCUCGUCAUUUUUGGACUAAAAUCUGUAAGCCAGUCCUCUUGGAGGGACAAGUCUGCUCCAGGAGAGGCCACAAAGACAAUACCCAGGCUCCAGAAAUCUUCCAGCGCUGUGACUGUGGCCCCGGCCUGCUCUGUCGGAGCCAAGUGCCUGGUAACAGACAACGUGCUCAGUUAAGAGUGUGCCAAAAACUGUAA